AUGGAGCUGGCCGAGCGGUUCCUGCUGGACGCGCUCGCCUACCUGGAGUGCGCCCUGGGCUUCCUGUGCUACGUGCUGCUGAAGCUGGUGGGCUCGCCCUACGGGCGCUACGCGUCGCCGCGCUCCGCAUUUCGGCUGCCUGCGCGGGCCGCUUGGGCGGUGCAGGAGCUGCCCUCGCUGGCGGUGCCGCUCCUCGCGUGCGCGGGCGCGCCCGCCGAGCGCCUCAGCCGCUGGCCCAACUGCAUCCUCCUGACCAUGUUCCUCGUCCACUACGCGCAAAGGGCCUUGAUUUUCCCAUUUCUGAUCCGAGGAGGAAAGCCCAUGCCACUGUACACCUUUAUCCUGGCAUUCAUAUUCUGCACCUAUAAUGGCUACUUGCAGAGCAGAUACUUGAGCCAGUAUGCGGUAUAUGCUGACAACUGGCUCACUGACCCCCGAUUUCUAACAGGUUUUGUCUUGUGGUUGUUAGGCAUGCUGAUAAACAUCCAUUCAGAUCAUGUCCUAAGGAACCUCAGGAAACCAGGGGAGACUGGAUAUAAAAUACCAAGGGGGGGCUUGUUUGAAUACAUCACUGCGGCCAACUACUUUGGAGAGGUCGUCGAGUGGUGUGGCUACGCCCUUGCCAGCUGGUCCAUCCAAGGCUGGGCUUUUGCUGUGUUCACCUUCUGUGUCCUUCUCACCAGGGCUCAGCAGCAUCACCAGUGGUACCAUGAGAAAUUUGAAGACUAUCCCAAAUUCAGAAAAAUUAUGAUUCCAUUUUUGUUUUAA